AUUGUCGUAUUUAUUUCGCGCUCUUUUCAAUUUUUAUUUACCUUUUAGACAAAAGCUUUUAAUUGAAGUACGAAAAAAAAGUACGAAGAGAAAAAUUUAUAGAAAUGGAAGAAAACGGAAUGCCGCAUACGGAAGGACGGGAAGGCCAAGAGGAAAAUGUGGAAAGGUCUGAGAGGACAAACCAAGUUGAGGACGAAGGAAAUGAGAACAAUACAAGAUCUGGAAGACCCUUCCAUGGAGUAUGCUAUAAUUGCAAGGAGAGGGGUCACAGAGCAGCAAACUGCAAAAAUUCACACAACAGAAAUGGAAAACGGAAAAGAUGUUUUAAAUGUGGGAAACCUGGUCAUAUGGCCAGAGCCUGCACUUCUCAAUCCCAACCUGGGCUGACCAGUUACGUGCUGCGCAAUUGUAAUAAUUGCACUUUUACUGUUUCGAAAUAAGUACAUUGUUAUAUUUCUAAGUGUGCAGGUUAAAAUGUGCUCAGGUAAAAUAUUAAAUUCAUAAUCUAAGAUUAUGAAUUUAAUAUUUUAUAUAUCUGAGGAUGAUUCUUAUAUUAAAAAGUGUAAUAAUUUAAAUUAUCCAAAUUUGAGACCCCUGUCACAUUUUUAACCUGCACACUUGUCCUGGUUAAAUUUUAUUGAUUCAUGUCACUUUUGCUGAACUCUUGUUAAUGUUGCAUUAUGCAAUUUAAAUAACCAAACCAAAACUAAAAAUGUUUCAAAAUAUUUAGACUCAAGUUACCAAUGUAUGUAUUUAUUUGAAUAUUCUAAACCAUGCAUUGAUUAGAAAUUUUGAUUGAGUAUAAUGCAACAUAGGUUAAUUGUUAUAAAUGUUUAAAAAAUAAUAAUUUCAAUUCUAAUUCUAAUUAAUUCACAAUGAUGUAAAAUAUAUACUUAAUUUAUUAAAAUGU